UCAAUGCCUAUUUUCUAAAGCCAAUGUUGAACAAAUUUGAACGUUUCCUAAGCAGCCCAGACUCACGUUUCCAUACUCUCGUCACUCUGUACUAGAAAAUCUGUACCUGAAGAAGGCGUUUGUUGAGCAUUGCGAUCAACUCGUUUGCUGAUGAGAAUGCGCCGGUAGUAACCAUCCGCCAGAAUGCCCGACGUGGACGUCCACUCCAUUACAUUGGAAGAGGACGACAUCCCGUUCGAGGAGGAUAUCAUUCGCAACCCCUACCACCUUAAGUCAUGGCUGCGCUACAUUGAACACAAAGUGGGCCGCAAGGCCCCCAGACAGGCUGUCAACCUGAUCUAUGAACGUGCAGUCAAGGAGCUGCCCGGCAGUUACAAGCUAUGGUACGCUUACCUGAAACGCCGCCGGUUACACGCCAAGAGCAAAGUGAUCGUCGACCCGGAGUUUGAGAAGGUCAACAAUGCGUUUGAGCGCUGCCUAGUGUUCUUGCACAAGAUGCCGCGCAUCUGGCUCGACUACUGCCAGUUCCUGAUGGACCAGCGUCAGGUGACUCGCACCAGGCACACGCUGGACCGUGCCCUGCGCUCACUGGCACUGACACAGCAUGACCGUGUGUGGCCGCUCUACCUCAAGUUUGUGCGCAGCUACGACAUACCAGACACGGGGAUGCGUGUCUACCGCCGCUACUUGAAGUUUUUCCCAGAGAACGGUGAGGACUUUGUAGAUUACCUCAAGUCGAUCAAUCGCUUGGACCAGGCUGCAUUGAAGCUGGCUGAUCUGUUGAAUGAGGAAAAGUUUACGUCCAAGCAUGGCAAGUCACACUAUCAGCUGUGGAAGGAGCUGUGCAGCCUGAUGUCAGAGAACCCCGACAAGGUCAAGGACCUGAAGGUGGAGAACAUCAUUCGCUGUGGUCUCGAUCGCUUCACCAACGAAGCCGGUGCGUUGUGGUGUGCACUUGCGCAGUAUCACUCACGUAGUGGACAGUUUGAGAAGGCUCGCGACGUUUAUGAAGAGGCAAUAUCCAAAGUGAUGACGGCACGAGAUUUUGGUCAGGUGUUUGACGCAUAUGCUCAGUUUGAGGAGACAAUGAUUGAAGGGAAAAUGUCUGCUGCGUCCGAGUUUGAAGCAGACGAAGAAGAUGACAUUGACAUUGAGUUGCGAAUGGCACGUUUUGAGCGGCUGAUGGAGCGCCGGCCACUGCUGCUCAACAGCGUGCUGUUACGACAGAAUCCGCACAAUGUUCACGAGUGGCACAAGCGUGUGUCACUGUUUGAUGGCAAGCCCAAAGAGAUCAUCAACACCUAUGCAGAGGCAGUGCGCACUGUUAACCCCAAGCAGGCUACCGGCAAACUGCACACACUCUGGGUGGCCUUUGCCAAGUUCUACGAGUCGAACAAGCAGCUAAACGAGGCGCGCUCCAUCUUCAAGAUGGCCGUGCAGGUACCUUUCCGUAACGUGGAGGAGCUGGCAACUGUCUGGUGUGAGUACGCCGAAAUGGAAGUGCGCGCCGAGGACUACGAGCGAGCGAGACAGGUCAUGCGUGAGGCCACGGCUACUCCCAAAGAGCGUGCUGCGUAUCACGAUGCGUCAGCACCGGUUCAGAAUCGCGUGUUCCGCUCGCUCAAGCUCUGGUCGAUGCACUGUGACUUGGAGGAAAGUCUUGGAACAUUCCAGACAACAAAGGCCGUCUACAAUCGCAUUCUUGACCUUGGAAUCUCUAGCCCUCAGAUUAUUAUCAACUUUGCUAUGUUCUUGGAGGAGAGCAACUACUUUGAGGAUGCGUUCACGAUCUAUGAGCGUGGUGUGAGCAUGUUCAAGUGGCCCAACGUGUUUGACAUCUGGAACACUUAUCUCACCAAGUUCCUUGAGCGAUAUGGUGGUCGCAAACUGGAGAGAGCUCGUGAUCUGUUUGAACAGUGUCUUGACGGCUGCCCGGAUAAGUUUGCAAAGAACAUCUACUUAUUGUAUGCGAAGAUGGAGGAGGAGCAUGGUAUGGGACGUCAUGCCAUGUCCGUGUACGAACGUGCCACCUCUGCUGUGUUACCUGCAGAGCAGUUUGAGAUGUUCAACAUCUAUAUCCAACGAGCUGCGUCCAUAUUUGGCGUUACUCACACUCGCCAGAUUUAUGAGAAGGCCAUCGAGGUUUUACCAGACACUGGCGCCAGGAAAAUGUGUGUACGCUUUGCUCAGCUAGAAUGCAAACUGGGAGAGUUUGAUCGUGCACGCGCUGUGUUUAUGCACGGCUCUCAGCUGGCAGAUCCACGGUUAUCUGCUGACUACUGGAAGCACUGGCAAGAGUUUGAGGUCGCACACGGUAAUGAGGAUUCGUACCGCGAGCUGCUACGUAUCAAGCGCAGCGUGCAAGCCCAGUAUAACACCUCCGUUAACUACAUGUCUGCACAGAUGCUGGCUGCUGCUGGUCAAGCUGAACAAGUGCCAACGACUGCUGCAGCAGACUCCAUGAAAGCGCUGGAAGCGCAAGCAAAGGCUGUGGCUGAGCAAGCCAAGGAAGAGGUUGUAACUAAGAGCAAGCUGCUCUUCGUGCGCAGUACCGAGAAGGAGAUCGUGGAGGCCACCAAAGAAGAGAAUCCCGAUGAGAUCCUACUGGGUGACGAUGACGACGACGAUGACGAUGAACAAAACGAGGCACAGAAACCUAAAGUUGUGGAAUUGGCACAGCAACCCGUUCCCAGUGAGGUCUUUGGCAAAUUGGCAAGAGAUGAGGAUAGUUGAGGUUAUUGAGUUGUUCCUGUCAUGGCACCACCGCAUAUGAACAUUUUGAAAUCGACACACAUAGUUUUCUUUCCUUUUUUGGUCAUGAAACACACAAUACAAUCAUACUGAAGCCAUUGGAACAUGAAGGGGAAAUCCCUGCUUUUCACUGUA